AUGGCUACUCUAGGCUCUGUCAUUCCAAUGGUUCUGAUCGGCGAGGCACUUACAAAGGAUUAUAGGGCAGUGGUUCAGAUGGGCAAAGAAACAGGUUUGGGUUGGAACCAUAAGACCGGAACCAUUGAAGCUGAUGCCACAUGGUGGGAAGCUAAAAUAAAAGUCAAUCCAAAAUAUGCCAGAUUUCGAUAUCAAGGGUUGGAACAUGCUGAUGAAUUGAAAUUUAUAUUUAGAGAUACAAUAGCCACUAAUCAAAAUGCAUGGACACCAGCGAUGGGUGUACCAAUUGAAGAUAAUGUCAGAUCUACAAAUCUAACUUCGUUACAAGAUAGUGUUGAAUUUGAUGCUGAAGAAUUCAAUUGUGAUGAAGAAGACGGCUCUAUAGUAAGCACUCAAAUCAAGAGGAAAAAAAUGGUGCUAGAAGAAAUGGGAAAAAAAAUGGCAAAGGGUAAGGCAAAAAUUGGGACUGCAGCAAGCUUGCAAAGAACAUUGGAACGAUUGUGCGAGGUAGCAGAAAGUCAUAACGCAACUAAAAGUGCUGAAAUUUCAAUGUCAUCACAAGCCACGGGACAAUAUGGUAAAUAUUAUGUUGUGGAUACUGGUUAUCCUAAUAUGAAAGGGUAUCUAGCAUUUUAUAAAAGUGAAAGAUCUCACAUUCCUGAUUUUAGAGGUUGCAGUCAGCCAGAAGGUGUAGAAGAAACAAUCAAUCAUGCACAUUCUUCAUUAAGAAAUGUCAUUGAGCGAACAAUUGGAGUUUGA